AUGUCCGAGGUCUCAGAUUUCCCUCUCGAUUCCCCGCAGGCCGAUCGCGAUGAGCGGGAGUUUGAGGAGGGCGCCUCGGAGGUCGAGGGGGACUCUGCCUCUGUGGUCGGCGGGGACUCCGAGGAGGAGGGGGAGGACCUCAUGGACAACUUUGAGGCCGACUACCGGCCGAUGGAGCACCUGGACCGGUACGAGACGGAGGGCCUGGACACGGCGUUCAUCGACGACGCAACCAUGGAGGCCCGCAUGGAUGCGCGCGCCGCCGCGGAGGCCGCCCUCGCCCGGCGCGACCGCCAGGAGGGGCGGCUGACGGGCCACCGCCGCGGCCUCAUCGCCGCCCUGGCCGGGGACGAAUCGGACGUGGACGACGGGGAUCGGCCGCGCCGACGGCGCCGGCUCGAGGAGGCGCAGGCCGGGGACGACAUCGAGGGUGAGUACGAGAUCAAUCUGGAGGAGACGCGCGGCCCCAUCAAGGAGUGGAUCGCUAAGGACAACGUGCGCAGGGAGAUAAAGCGGCGCUUUGCCCGCUUUCUCCGCACGUAUGCGCAGGAGGGCGGCGACCCCAUCUACCCGCCCCUCCUCCGCGCCAUGGUCAGAACCAACUGCCAGAGCCUGGAGCUGGACUAUGUGGACCUCGCCAACGGGCUCCCGGUGGUGGCGGUGUGGGUGGCAGACAUGCCGCGCGACAUCCUCCCCAUCCUGGAUGAGACCGCCAAGGAGGUGGUCCUGGACGAGUUCGAGGACUUUGGCGACACGCACUCCAAUGUGUACGUCCGCCUGGCCAACAUUCCCCUGGAGGAAUCCAUCCGCGACCUCAGGCACUUCCACCUCAACUCGCUGGUGCGCGUCGACGGCGUGGUCACGCGGCGCACCGGGGUCUACCCCCAGCUCCAGCGCGUUAUGUACGACUGCUCGCGCUGCGGCGCGGUGCUGGGGCCCUACAUCCAGACCGGGGACCGCGAGAUCCGACUCGGCUCCUGCCCCUCCUGCGAGAGCAAGGGGCCCUUCUCGAUCAACGUGCGCGAGACGGUGUACCGCAACUACCAGAAGAUCACGCUGCAGGAGUCGCCCGGCUCGGUGCCCGCAGGACGCCUGCCCCGCUCCAAGGAGGUCAUCCUGCUGACCGACCUGGUGGACGGUGUGCGCCCUGGGGAGGAGGUGGUGGUCACCGGCAUCUACCAGCACAGCUUCGAGGCGGGGCAGAACGCGCGGCACGGCUUCCCCGUCUACUCCACCUCCAUCGAGGCGGUGCACCUGGCGCGACGCGGCGAGCUCUACUCCGCCGCCCGCCUCACCGACGAGGACCGCGCGGAGGUGCGCGCGCUGGCGCGCGACCCGCGCAUCGCGGCGCGCAUCGUGAAAUCCAUCGCGCCCUCCAUCUACGGGCACGAGGGUGUGAAGCACGGCGUGGCGCUGGCCCUGUUCGGCGGCCAGGAGAAGCACCCCAGCGCCACACACCGACUGCGCGGCGACAUCAACAUGCUGCUCCUGGGCGACCCGGGCACCGCCAAGUCCCAGUUUCUCAAGUAUGUGGAGAAGGCCGCGCAUCGCGCGGUCUACACAACGGGCAAGGGCGCCUCGGCGGUGGGCCUCACCGCCUCGGUGCACAAGGACGCCAUCACGGGGGAGUGGACGCUGGAGGGCGGAGCCCUGGUCCUGGCGGAUCGGGGCGUGUGCCUGAUCGACGAGUUCGACAAGAUGAACGACGCGGACCGCGUGUCCAUCCACGAGGCCAUGGAGCAGCAGUCCAUCUCCAUCAGCAAGGCAGGGAUCGUGACCCAGCUCCAGGCGCGGUGCUCGGUGCUCGCCGCCGCCAACCCCGUCGGCGGCCGCUACGACGCCAGCAAGACCUUUUCCGAGAACGUCGAGCUCACCGACCCCAUCCUGUCCAGGUUUGACAUCCUGUGCGUGAUCCGGGACACGGUGGACGCGGUGAACGACGAGCGGCUGGCCAGCUUCGUGGAGAUGCUGCGCAAGUACGUGACGUACGCGAAGCAGACGUGCCGCCCCCGCCUGGCGCUGGCCGACCACGACAAGAUCGCGCAGGUGUACGCCGACCUGCGGCGCGAGAGCGCGCUGACGCAGGGCAUGCCCAUCGCGGUGCGGCACCUGGAGUCCAUGGUGCGCAUGUCGGAGGCGCGCGCCGCCAUGCACCUGCGCGACCACGUGACGGGGGACGACAUAGACGCCGCCAUCCGCGUCAUGCUGGAGUCCUUCGUCUCCACCCAGAAGCUGUCGGUGCAGAAGAGCCUGCGCCGCAAGUUCAGGCGCUACAUCGUGGACCGCGCCGACUUCGACGCGCUCAUCCUGUACAAGCUGCAGGAGUGCCUGCGCGAAGCGCGUCGCGCCGAGGCCGUCACGGGCACCCUGGCCGACCCCGCGCACUUUGCCGUGCCCGUCAGGCAAUUGGAGGAGCGGUGCAAGGACCUGGACAUCCUGGAGCUGGGGCCCUUCUUCGCCAGCAGCACCUUCAGCGGCGCAGGGUUCAGCCUGUCCGAGGACGGCGCCCGGGUCCUGCUGUCCAGGGUGUGA